UCUCACAUUCCCCUGUUUUCUUGCUCAGCUUACACAAUCCAACAUAACCUAACCAGAAAAACAAACAAACAAAAAUGGCGUUAGAUUGGCAAAAUCCCAACUGCUUCCUCAACCAGAAUUACCCUUUUGAACAAUUCCAAUUCCAUGACCCAAAUCACAUCCUUUUACCUUUUGAAGAUGACCAAACAGACCUCCUCUGUUUUGAUCCUCUCCCACCAACACUUUUCGACUUCGAUGAUUCCCUGUUCGAUCCUCUUCCUCUACAACAACUCGAUUUCGACAACAAUGAUUUAUUCACUUUUAACAACAACAAUGGCAGCUACUCUCCUUUCUCCUAUGUCGAUUUCCCGCCUCCCGAGGAGAUUCUCUCGUUCGACGACGAUUUCUCGUCACAAUUCCUCCCUUUUCCCAAGAAGCAGAAACUCUCACCCUGUUUCAAUGACUCCACCUUUGUUCCUGAUUUUUUCGGGGUCCCCUGUUUCAAUGUGGAUUAUUUGAAUGAUAACAAUAAUCAUCCCAAUUGUUAUAACUAUUAUAAUAAUGGUGAUGAAUUUUGUGCUAAUUUUGAUCAGAGUUAUGGGGAUAAUAAUGGUCGGAAAGUUAAGACUGUAUCGGCGCAAAGCAGGGCAGCUAGAGAAAGAAGAAGGAAGAUUACAGAGAAAACACAAGAGUUAGGGAAGCUGAUUCCAGGUGGUCAUAAGAUGAAUACUGCUGAAAUGUUUCAAGCUGCUUCUAAGUAUGUUAAGUUUAUGCAAGCUCAAUUGGAGAUUCUUCAAUCUAUUAAAACUUUGAAAGAGGAAAAUGACAACGAUGCCAAAUUAACCAACCUUCCAAUUUUAUCAUCACAAUUAGUCCAAGAAAAGCUCUAUUCAAAGGAGAAAUGCUUAGUUCCAUUGGAAUUUCUCCCAAUGCUAGAAGAACAUUGUGAUUCAGAGGCAGAUCCAUCAAUUUCAAAGCAAAUCAAGGAUCUUCUAAUCCACUAAUGAUGUUGUUUAGUCCAACAUAAGUUGCAUAUGUCAAAUCUAAUUUAAUUAAUUUUCUAAUCCACUAAUAUGUAAUUUUUGCAUAUUAUUGCCCUAGAUUAGUUUUUGUUUAUAUGCUAAUUCUUUGUUGGUAUAUGGUCCAAAUAUCGAGUGUAUUUUUACUACUUCGAUAGAUCCGUUCUUUAUUUUUAUUUAGGUUUAAUUUAAC